AUGGGGAAGGAGAAGGGCCGCAAGGGAAGCAUGCUGAAGCUGGCAAAGGCAGCACAGAAGGACCUGUUGGCUAUGGCCAGGGAGAGAAGUUUCUGGGCUCCAGCCUGCCAUGGAUGGAUGCAGGUGCUCUCGAGAGAGGCGCUCACCAUGGCUGGCAGCAAUGCAUGUCCCCUGGGGUUGGCUCCAGCCAGGCCAGGAAUGAGAGUUGAGGCCUCCUUGGCCCACUUGACAGUCCACAUGAGCCCUUAUGCGCUCGUUGAAAUCCUGAUGAAUACUAGUCUGUGGGAGAAGGCCUUCUCGACCAUGGUCGUCAAGGCACAGGAGAGCACCCUCCAACAAGGCGCAGCCGAUGACAAUUACGAUGGCGCACUCAAAUGGAUUACUGCUGAAUUUCUGACGCCGGCGCCAAUGGCGCCAAGACGGCACUUCAGCUUCGUGAGAUUCUGCAUGAAACUGAUCACCGCCAAGAGUGAACACCACACCUGGGUGGUGGUGGAUGUCUCGAAAAGAAGCAGCUCCCUCCUUCACCUUUCCCAUAGGAGACGGCCAUCCGGAUGGAUCAUAGCGGUCGACCACAAUGGCUACACCGUGGUGACGUUGGUGGAGAACGUCGAGGUUGAGGACAUCAACGGCGGGGCUACUGAAGGUGGGUCGUCGGCGUAUCAGAGCACGGUAGAAAGUUGUGUAGCUUUCGGUGCCAGGCGAUGGGCCUCCGCUCUCGAGCGGUACGAUGGGCGUCGCCAUAGCUUCUUCCUCGCCGAGCUCCCUUGUGGAGUUGUGCAAGAUUUUGAGAUGCUGGGAAGAAUGUCAAAGCUAGGGGAAGAUAUGGUGACUGCACUCUACAGGAACCUGAACAACUCGCCGACUCAGGGGACGCGGUCGGCUGCAGAUCAUCAUCGUGGGUCCGAGCACAUGGUGCUGGUAGUGCACGGUCCAAAAGAUAAGCCCGUGUCCACCGCUGUGGUGACCCUCCCCUACCGGCCCAUCGACGUCUUCAGGUUCAUCAUCACCAAAUACAUGAAGAUUAGAACGGGAGGGGAGGUGGAGGUAUUGGCUCAUUUCCCUAUAUGUGUGGAGGGCAGAUCCUGUCUUUCCCAAGGACCAACUAAUCUGUUCCAUUUCAUGGAUCUUCUGAGAACCACAAAGGAAGGAAGCAUUGAAACCAUAGUUCAAGAAGCCUUCUUCAAUUCAUUUGAAUCCUUUGUGGUGUACAAUCGAGUUGCUGAGAACUUUGGUAGCAUGGGAGAUGCCCCUGUUUCUCCUUUUGGCUUCAUCAUCUUUCCUUGCGACAUGAACAUGAACAGAUCGAUUUUGACCUUUAGUACACCAAUCGUUCGACCGGUGGACAGCAGCCCGGAAAAGCAGCUAAAUGAGGAGUUGGCAAGAAUUGUGAGUGGCAUCAAGACGGGACUUUGA